AGCAGAUUUACUCUACUGACGUUUAGAAGCUGCUAUCGGUCUAACCUUUAUAUUUCAGUGCUGUUAAAACGGAAUUUUCUACAGUUUUUAUACUUUCUGAAAAUAUAUAGUAAGGGACUAAACUGACCAAACUGAACAGAAGAAACUCACUAUUUAAUUUUUAAGACAACUUACCAGUUGUAAUUCACUAAGGGCCAAAGUCUUAGCAAUCAGAACAAUCGUCUGUUAUUAUAACCUUUAAAAAAAUGACAAUUUCCUUCUGGGGAGAACAUUGGAUCAUGCCAGUCUUACUUAUACAGCUAGUUCUUGCUCAGAGCCCUGUGAAUGCUGCCAGCUCAAAGUGUAACACUAUAUAUAAAGGUUUUGCUGAGUGUCUAGUCAGCUUUGGGGACAGUCUGAUUGAAAAUGUUCAGCAAAAUCAAGAAGAAAAAAUUCUGGAAAACAUUCAGGAACUGCACUCUUUAUGCAAAUCAUGGAAUGAAUUCCAAAAGUGCACAAGCAAUGUCUUGGUCAAUUGCCCAGAGGAGGCUGCUACAGUCUGGGAAUCUCUGCUACGUGAAUCCAGGAAAAUCCAAUACCAAGGAAAUUUGCAUGGCAUGUGCAGUGCACAGACACUACUUACUGCCAGGAUGGGAGGUUCUGAUGAAACUAAUAAGGAGACACUGAGAGCCUUAGGAUGUGGUCUACGAGGCAACCUGCUGCACAUUUUAUUUUUAUUUAUUUUGCUAUUGCAGGUAUUUCAGUGGAUCUAAUUAAUAUUAGAUUAAAUAUUGCAUACAAGUUUUUUCAAACUCCCAAACUUGUUUUAGAGUGAAAAUAAAUACACUGCAAAACAAAAAAGAGGGAAUAUGUAUUGAAUGGCAUGAAGAGAACUGAAAUUACUCAGCUUCAUAAUAUUUUGUACAUGAUUUUAUUAUUUAUUUAUGGGUUUUAGAUAUUUCUGAAUUUUCAUUUUUAUCUAUCCAAACAACAAAAUGAAUAUUCAUAUAAGAUAUGUCUUAAAAAGCAGAGUCAUCAUCAGUAAUGAUGGGGCACCAUACUACAUUAUCCCCCAGAACCAAUUUUAGGGAACUGGUCACCUGGGCCCCUUGGGUAGUGAGCCCUGGCAAGUAAAAUGGGGCCCCAAUGGACAAAUCCUUUUCUGUCUGGCUGCUCCCAAAUUAUGGCAAAACUUCCCCCACAAUUCACCCAAACUCCAGCUACUCCCUGCAAGUCCCACCCUUUUUGCUUUCCACAAACCACAAUUUUCUUGGGCUCACUCACCUGCAACAGUCUUCCAUUGCACUACCCUCUGUACCUUUCUGAUGGUGGCCCUUUUAAUCUUCACAUCCAUAAUUAAAUCCAUAGUUAAAGGCUUCCCAGCAUCUUUUGACUUCCUUUAACUGUUGGAUGACGCUGAGAGCUAUAAAUUUGCUCUGCACUAGAAGAGUUGAAUUUAUGGUUUUUGUAGGUUCAGUUUUCUGAGGUUUUCACCUUGGCUUAUGGCAGGAGUGCCCCUGCCAAGCAGAGCUUAGAAGGAAAGGUGUUAGGGGACAUUUAAGGGCUUUUGGUAAAAUGUAGAUUUAGAAAUAACCAGCUUGCAGUUUAAACAUGAAAAGAGAUUUUCCCUUUUUAUCAACAGUAGUAUAUAUACUACAAUUUCCUUAGGUUCCUUAAUACUCAAAACUAUUUGCUUUGUGUUUUGGGGAAGCUAAGGGUAAAAUUAGAGCAGAAUUUUAUUGUGGUGUGUGCUUUUUUGCACUUUUUAUACACUGCAUUGGGAUUUGCAAAUGAGGUCUAAUGUGUUUUUUUUUCCUAUAAGGAUUAAAAAUGGAGACUAAGGAAAAUGUAUUUGUGUCAUUUUAAAAACUGUAGUUUGAACAAUUACUGCUUUGUCUUCAUUAAAUAUUCUGCAAGUCUCUGUGUGUAAAUCUAUGUAUUUAAACUCAAGCUGAAUAUAUAUAUGUUAAGCGCUAAAGUGUGUCCCAAGCAGUUUCAUGCUUUUUAACAGUUAAAAUGAUUCAGCUUUGGUUUGUGUGCAUGGAUAUGUCUGUACCAAGACUUUCCACAAAUAAGUGGUUUGGUGGCACAGUCCAAGUGUCCCAAGGACUGCAUAUUUCCAGGAAAACAGUGUAAAGGAAUUGUUUUAUGCUCAAAAACUCUGGAAGACAGUAAGCCUAUUGUUACCAUUGAUAGGGACUUAAAACAUGGACUACAAAGUAAUUCUGUAAUAAUUUUUUAAUCAAAAUUUGUAAGUUGUAUUUCAUGGUUUUAUGAGUACUGAUUUCAUAUGAACUGUUUUAUUUAUUUAAUUAAUCUUUUCAAUGUAUGUUUUGAGAUUUUGAUUCAAUAAAGCUCUUUGAUACCAUUGUA